GGCGGCUCCUGUAGAACAUGCUCGGUGCAUUAUGGGGGAAUUGUGGAGGAUUUGAUUGUUGUAGUUCAUUCACGCUUCCUAAGCACUUCUUGCGUUGAAACUAAGAUAAACUAUGCAAACAGGAAAAGGCGCGAACUUGACAUAUAUCAAAUACUUGUUUCAUUGGAAGACUUUGUCGUUUUAAUCCUACGUCAGCUGGGGCGACCCGUGAACACCCGGACACAGUAAAGUAGUUUCAUACAAAUAAAAGUAGGAGGGCCUUUAGCCGCCGAACACAAGAGUGCGGAAGGCUGGACUAGGAGAGCUCUGUCCCGGCGGGACUAACUGAGCGUGUGGCAGAUAGACUCUGGCCGAUACGCUUGUGGAUUUAGCAUCAGAAGAAGAUCCUGGUUAUUUUUGAAAAGAGGAAAAAUGUCACACGGCGGGGUUCCACCACGUUGGCGCCACUGUCCUAGAAGAGGACAGCCUAUAGCAGGAAAAUUCUUGCCAAUGAAGACAAUGUUGGGGCCAAAAUAUGAUGAUCUGGUUGCAGAAGAGAAUCGCUUCCACCCAAGCAUGCUUUCAAACUACCUUAAGAGCCUCAAGGUGAAGAUGGGGUUAUUAGUUGAUUUAACCAAUACAACAAGGUUUUAUGAUCGUACUGAGAUUGAAAAGGAGGGAAUAAAAUAUGUAAAACUUCAGUGCAAAGGACAUGGUGAGUGUCCAACUACAGAGCAUACCCAGAUGUUUAUUAGACUAUGCGAGAACUUCAUGGAGAAGAAUCCUACUGAACUGAUUGGUGUCCAUUGUACACAUGGUUUCAAUCGAACAGGAUUUCUCAUCUGUGCUUAUCUAGUAGAGAAGAUGGACUGGAGCGUUGAAGCUGCUGUGGCUGCUUUUGCCCAAGCAAGGCAACCAGGAAUUUAUAAAGCUGACUAUCUGAAAGAACUGUUUCAGCGCUAUGGAGAUGUUGAAGAUGCACCUCAACCCCCGACUCUUCCUGAGUGGUGCUUUGAAGAUGAUGACGAUAAUGAAGACUUUGAUGAUGAUGGAAACACAAUUGUCCCUGACACUGGUCCCAGCUCCUCUAACUCAUUGCCAGGCAAAAAGAGGAAAGAACGUCUGAAACUGGGGGCAGUGUUCUUGGAAGGUGUCCAUGUGAAAGGUGUCACACAACUAACGGCACAACCAAAACUAGGGGAAAUUCAGAGAAAAUGUCAGCAGUUCUGUGAAUGGGAAAAGCCAGGCUUCCCAGGAGCUCAGCCUGUAUCAAUGGAUAGAAAAAACAUUAAACUACUGGAACAGAAUGCAUACAAAGUCAGUUGGAAAGCUGAUGGUACUCGGUAUAUGAUGUUGAUAGAUGGUAAAAAUGAAGUUCAUAUGAUUGACAGAGAUAAUUCUGUAUUUCAUAUUGCAAAUUUGGAAUUCCCCUACCGGAAGGAUCCUAAAAUUCACUUGGUAAACACGUUAUUAGAUGGGGAAAUGAUUGUUGACAAAGUGAAUGGACAGCCAGUGCCUCGGUAUCUAAUCUAUGACAUAGUGAAAUUUAAUGGGCAGCCUGUUGGUCAGUGUGAUUUUAAUACACGGCUGAUUUGUAUAGAAAAGGAAAUCAUUUCUCCAAGACAAGAAAAAAUGAAGAUGGGCCAGAUUGACAAAAUGAAAGAACCAUUUAGUGUCAGAAAUAAACCAUUUUUUGAUAUCCAUGCUUCAAGGAAGCUUGUGGAAGGCAGCUUUACAUCUCAGGUUAGCCAUGAAGUAGAUGGACUCAUUUUUCAGCCAUGUGGGAAAUAUAAACCUGGAAGAUGUGAUGAAAUAUUGAAGUGGAAACCUCCAAGUCAUAACUCUGUUGACUUCCGGCUUAAAAUAGCAAAAGUAGGAGGGGAAGGCUUGUUGACACAGAAUGUUGGAUUACUUUAUGUUGGCAACUAUGAGAGACCUUUUGCACAGAUGAAGGUGACAAAAGACCUGAAGCAGUAUGACAACAAGAUCAUUGAAUGCACAUUUUCUAACAACACCUGGGUUUUCAUGAGACAGAGGAUAGACAAGAGCUUCCCCAACUCCUAUGACACUGCUAUGGCUGUCUGUAACAGCAUUCAACAUCCAGUUACCAAGGAAAUCCUCCUAGAGUUCAUUGAAAGAUCUUCACAGGGACAGACACCAAAGCGUCCCCUGGAUCGAGAUGCUGAGUUGAUGCCACCACCGCCUCCGAAGCGCCUCAACAGAGCAAUACAGUAGUGCAGAAAUCUGGAACUGCAAGCAGUUUUUUCAUCAACAAUGAUAUACAGCAUCACGUAUUGUCCACCCGUGUGGGCAAAUUGUUUAUGCAGAAACACCUUGGUUUCUUUAUUUUAGGGCUGCAAGUUGAAAUUAAAGAUUAAUUGUGAUCACUUCCGAAACUGGACUGUCUUCUUUACAGUGAGUCAUGUCCUAUUGCACCAAAAGCUUCAAGGUCUGUGGAAGGAUUUAUUGUACCAGUUUUUUGAUUGUUUUUUGAUAGUUUUCAUUGUUCUUGGUAUCAUUGUUUUUGUCUAUUUUUUAUUUGAAAAUAUUUUUAACAUAAAAAAAGAUCAUAUACAGGUGUUAUGUUUUACAUGUGAGGAAACUUGCUUAGUUUGCUUUUAGUUAUCAAAUACGUAUAUACAGUGUGCGUGUAUAUGUGUAUCCAGGCACAGGCAUAACUCACAAAUGGACAAAAAUACAUGUUUUAGUGCAUUUGUUGACUAGAAUGAAGUAUUAAAGAAAUCCUGUGGGUUUCA